GUGCAUCAUCAACUUCACUCGCCGCCAACAACCACCCCAACACAUACACAAUGGGUCACGCAGCCGGUCUCCGCGCGGGUACGCGCUAUGCUUUCUCGAGGGAUUUCAAGAAGAAGGGUAUGAUCCCGUUGUCGACCUACCUCAAGCAGUACAAGGUCGGUGAUAUCGUCGAUGUCGUAGCCAACGGUGCGGUCCAGAAGGGUAUGCCCUACAAGGUCUACCACGGCAAGACUGGUAUCGUCUACAACGUCACCAAGUCCGCUGUCGGUGUUAUCCUCCAGAAGCAGGUCGGCAACCGAUAUAUGGAGAAGCGCAUCAACGUCCGCAUCGAGCACGUCCGCCAUUCCCGCUCACGAGAGGACUUCCUCAAGCGCGUCAAGCUCAACUUUGCCAAGCAACAGAAGGCUAAGGAGACUGGCGAGCCCCAGCAGAUGAAGCGCAUGCCCGCACAGCCCCGAGGCGAGUCGAUCGUCAGCCUCAAGGACAACAAGCCAGAGAACAUUACACCUGUACCUUACGAGACCUACAUCUAGACGUGGACAAGGUGGUUCGGAUGCGCGGGCUGGCAAAAUGGGAUACGGAUGGUCAACGGCGUGGUUUCUCGGACUUUUCGAUUUCUCUCUCUUCUGCACUUUCAUACGCAUGGAAAGCGGCGAUAUCACGAUGCAGAUACGCUGAUGUGCCAACAUGGCUUUGAGUAACCCCUCACGCCAAUAAACUUCAUCCUCCAGUCCC